AUGGAAAUGAAUCUAUCCAAGAAUCUUAUCUCUUGCGUGGAAUCAGGUGUCAUGAAUUUGGAGCGGCUCUCAGAGGCCGCGGCGGCUCGGGCACACGCCAACCCGAACCCCGCUCCGCCACCGCCACCGCCGCCGCCGCCACAGGCGUCGCGUCAAGCGGGCCCCGCGUUCCACUUGCAGCCGAGAAGCUCCAACAUCAACACGGGCACUCGCGGAGGGGCCUUGCAGGAAAAUUCAAGCAGCGAGUCUUCGGACGCAGAGUUGGCAGCGGAAAAGGAGCGCUCCGCCGAGCUGCUGCUGCGUAGCGGUGGUGGAGGAGGAGGACCGGACGAAGGGGGUACCGAGGACCCCAAAAAGAAGAAGCAGAGGCGGCAACGUACGCACUUCACCAGCCAGCAGCUGCAGGAGCUCGAGGCCACCUUCCAGCGGAACCGAUACCCCGACAUGAGCACCCGGGAGGAGAUCGCUGUGUGGACCAACCUCACCGAAGCCAGAGUUCGGGUGUGGUUCAAGAACCGUCGCGCCAAAUGGCGGAAACGCGAGCGCAACCAGCAGAUGGACCUGUGCAAGAACACGUAUCUGCCUCAGUUUAGCGGCCUCAUGCAGCCUUACGAAGAUAUGUACCCGGCGGCCUACACUUACAACAACUGGACCAACAAAGGUCUGCACGGGCCAACGGCGCCGCUGGCCGCCAAGAACUUCCCCUUCUUUAACUCCAUGAGCCCGCUGGCGUCGCAGUCCGUCUUCUCGUCGUCGCCCACCUCCAUCUCCGGCAUGAGCAUGCAGCACGCGGCGGCAGCGGCGGCGUCGGCCGGCAUGGCCCACUCGGGCGUGCCUUCCAUGGGCGCCCCGCCGGGCCUCAACAAUAUCGGCAACCUCAACGCCAUCGGCAACGCCGGCAUGUCGUCGCCGGCCUGCCCGUACGGAGCGGCCGGCUCGCCCUACAGCGUUUACCGGGAAACGUGCAACCCGGGCCUGGCCACGCUCAGACUCAAGUCCAAGCAGCACCACCCGACGUUCGGCUACGGCGGCCUGCAGAGUCCCGGUUCCGGACUCAACGCCUGCCAGUACAACAGCUGA